AUGCAGAUAAAAAAAGUAACUAGGAACCGAUUAAAAAAUGCCCCUGCCCACAGCAAUCAUGUAAAGCGUCCCACCCAAUUCUCACUCAUGGUGUUAGUAUGGUGCUGUAUUGGAGGAUGUAUUUUCCGAUCGGUUUCAGAGGUACAAGGUUUGCGAAAAUACGCCUCUAGUGAUAUGCAUCGUAUGCGGGAGAGAGUGCGUCAAAUGUUUUACCAUGCGUACGACGGCUAUCUACAGUAUGGAGCUCCGUACGACGAAUUACGGCCGUUAUCUUGCGAUGGAAUCGACACCUGGGGUAGUUAUUCGCUCACCUUGAUCGAUGCACUCGAUACGUUAGCAGUCAUGGGGAACUACACUGAGUUUGGGCGCGUUGUGCAGCUCCUGCGUGAUAGGUCCUUUGAUGCAGAUAUCAACGUGUCAGUGUUUGAGACGAAUAUUCGCAUAAUUGGUGGACUACUGUCGGCGCACCUUCUAUCACACCACGCCGAUCUAGAAUCCAUGGGGCUUGUCAUGCCAGGUUGGCCCUGUGAAGGUCCUUUGUUAGAAAUGGCAGAAGAUGUCGCUCAGCGUUUGUUGCCUGCAUUCGAUACCGCAACGGGUAUGCCUUACGGUACGGUAAACCUGCGCCACGGUGUACCGUAUGGGGAAACAUCUGUAACCUGUACCGCCGGUAUCGGAACGUUCAUACUGGAAUUUGGUACGCUAAGUAGAUUAACGGGCAAUCCCGUGUACGAGGACGUUGCCAUGAAUGCAUUGUCCGCGUUGUACAAGCACCGGUCCCCAAUAGGAUUGUACGGGAAUCAUAUCGAUGUGCAAACCGGUCGCUGGAUAGCUCAGGAUGCUGGUAUCGGAGCUGGAGUAGAUUCCUAUUUCGAAUAUCUGGUAAAGGGCUCAAUUUUGCUUGAACAACCUGCGCUGAUGGCCACUUUCCUGGAAAGUAAGUCAUCGAUUGAUCGCUACCUGAAACGUGAGGAUUGGUAUGUUUGGGUGAGCAUGAGCAAGGGACAGAUCACACUGCCCGUAUUCCAAUCGCUCGAGGCGUACUGGCCCGGUUUAUUGAGUUUGUAUGGUAAUACUAAGGAAGCGUUGCGAAUACUACACAACUACCAGUCUGUGUGGCGUCAGUACGGAUUUCUGCCGGAGUUUUACAAUAUUCCUACCGGAGAAGCUGGCGCAAAUCGAGAAAACUAUCCGUUGCGGCCCGAGCUAAUCGAGUCGGUGAUGUAUCUGUACCGAGCCACCAGUGAUCCGUUUUUGCUGCAAGUAGGCGAAAAUAUUCUCGAGAGUAUAGAGCAUAGCGCCAAAACGGCUUGUGGUUAUGCUACGAUACGGAAUGUCCUAACACAUCAACAAGAGGACCGUAUGGAAUCGUUUUUUUUGGCAGAAACUACCAAAUAUCUGUACCUUCUGUUCGAUCCGAAUAAUGUUUUACACAACGAUGGGAGCAUCGGUCAUGUUGUCAACGUAAGGAAGAAUGACGAUGAUGCCACCAUAGCCGAACGGCAUGAAUGUGUGGUAGGUGCUGGAGGUUACAUUUUCAACACGGAAGCCCAUCCAAUCGAUCCAACAGCUCUGCGGUGUUGUGAAGCAAUUCAUGGUAACAUUUUUGCUGACAGAGCGUUCGGAGAUCGCAACAAAGACAACUACCAUCGCGGUGAUCUAUUUCUUUCAAAGGAGCAAAGAAAAAACCUCCAUCAAACAGAUAAAAAAGGUAGUCAACAGUUGUGGGAUCGUCCCAUCGGUAAAGAACCAACACUAGCUACCAACGCCGAGGUGGUAACAAGAGGCGGAGAAAGCAUGAAAACCAUAAGCCUGCCUACCGGCACUAUGGAGCGAGAUGUGGAGAAAGUAGAUAGCAUGACCAGUGAUAUAAAAACGGUUUCAUCAACCGUGCCAGUUUUUACAAAAGCACUGAAAUCUGAUUCAAUUCUGAACGGUAAGGAAUAUUCGCAAAAGUUCGAUGAUGUCAGCCAAGCCAGCACCUACUCAUCAUUGGAAUCUGCCGAGACAGAAACAUUAUCAACCACAGGCUGUCCACCGAAAGACAAAUGCAGUAGCACGGAAACAAUCAAAUAUGUCCUAUUUGGAACAGAGCGUAUGGAAGAAUUCUCUUCGUCAAACGAACAAUCAUGUGAUGCUAUGGUAAAUCUAAAAACCAUACCAAGUAUUGAAAAUAGUAAAUAUGAUGAAGAUAAAACAAUGGGAACAUUAAUGAAACUGGUGCAGAGCAUGUUUCAUACAACAGCGGGUCAACAUGAACAGAAAAAAACUAAAUUUGAUCGUGAAAAAUUUUACCAACAUUUGGCUAGGAAACGUUUGCUGGAUGAAGAGAAUAGUAGCAGCAGCAGCAGCAGCAACAGAUACAACGCAUCGACAUCGUCUUCGACCAAAGAAGAAAAGCUUCACGAAUUACUAUUGUGUCAUGCACAGCCGUACCUUAAUCGUCUUACUCUCCUAGGUGAAUUCUAUUAG